AUGUCACACGGAAACAGCAGCCCCGGAGCAGUCAUUUUCUGGUUCGUUCUCCUCGAUUUCGCUAUUCAGUGGACUGCGUGCCUCUUCUCCGCAGUCUACCAGACGGAGCUUUUCUUUGAUUUAACCGGAUCCUGCACGUUCCUUCUCGGCGCCUUCCUCUCCCUCGCUAUAGGCGGCUCGCUCCACCAGAGACAAGUGGUAGCAUCAUCGCUCGUUUCAAUCUGGGCCGUUCGUCUCGGAACAUUCCUCUUCACCCGCAUCCUCCGGAGGGGGAAGGACUCUCGGUUCGAUGGCGUGAGGGACCACCCCGUCUACCUCAUGAUGUUCUGGACCGUGCAGGGCAUGUGGGUGCUGCUCGUCUCGCUGCCUCUGCUCAUUCUCAACGCCUCCCAUCCUCAACCACAAUGGCUCUCCGCAACAGACGUGGCAGGAAUGGCUAUAUGGCUCACUGGCUUCCUCAUUGAGACCAUAUCCGACCAUCAGAAGUUACUCUUCAGCCUGAGACAGGAGAACGAGGGCAGGUGGAUAUCCACUGGUCUAUGGAGCUGGAGCCAGCACCCAAACUACUUUGGAGAGAUCCUCCUCUGGUUUGGCCUCUACCUGCUCACCUACUCCGGCCUCUCGCCUACCUAUCGCCUCAUAUGUCUUGCGAGUCCUCUCUUCACACUCUAUGCACUCGUGCGCAUGAGCGGGAUCCCCUUGUUGGACAAGGCGUCGCAGCAGCGGUGGGGAAAAGAUGCAGAGUAUCGAGCAUAUCGCGAGUCGACCUCCAUUCUCGUUCCUUGGCCGUGGGCACUGGUCGCGCCUCUGGCCACGGGUGAAGAAAAGGCUGCGCGAUUCUCGGUAGUUCUGCCAGCGAAGGCCCGCGGAGAUGGAGAAGAAGAAUCAGAGACGGACGGGGAAGUCGGGGAAAUUAGAGGGGCCGGGAAUAACGCCGCGAUUCACGGCCGUCCCGGACCGAGGGUUCCGAACGCGCAGGUUCGGCAUAGAGACGUCAGCCGAAGCAGCAGCGGAGGCUCGGAAUGGGCUGCGGCGAAUCUCCUCAGACGGGGAACCUGGGGGGAAGGUAGCUUAUCUCGAGCCGGAGCCGGCUCGGGGUCUAUAUCGGGGAUAGUAUCUAGCACGUCAGAGGACGUUCGGUCAAUCCGAACCGUCUCUUCAGUUUCGGAUGUUGGCGAGGCGGGAGCUGGCGAAUUGUUAGAGGACGACGAGGAGGAGGCGGAGGAAGGGGAGGAUAACGAGGAGGAGGAGGAGGAGGAGGAGGAGGGAGAGGAGUCGGACCUAGCUUCCGCCGAUGACGGGUCAGUCAGACGCAGGAGCGGCAGAGGGAGGGCCGGGGGACGGGACUGGGCAGCGGGAGGGGCGCAGGGGCACGCGCAGGGACAGGCGCAGGGGCAAGGCGCAUCGAGCAUUGCGGUGUCCAUCGAUCUGCAGUUCUUCGGCAUUGGCGGGGAGAGGGAGCUCGUCGCCACAGCGCAUGAGCAGCCGCUAUCACCGCCGCCGCCGCCGCCGCUGGCUGAGUCGCCAGCGGCGCCUGGCGAGGAGGGCGCGGGCUUGGCGGAGGAGGGGGGGAUGACGACAGCAGAAGCGAGAGGAGGCGUUGCGGGAAAAGGCGGGUUCGACAGUCAGCUAGCAAGCGCGGUUCACGGCGCGUUUCACAGCGCUCACGGUUCCGCAGCUCAUGAUGCCUCUGCUUCCCCCGCUUCCGCCUCCCCUUCCGCCUCCCCUCAGCCCAAGCCGCUCCGCCGCGGGUUAAGCAUCGGGGGAAAGGUUCACAUGCCCAUGCCGUCAGACCCAUUCAACCGGUCCCAGACUGCCGUUUUCUCGCAGCCGGCUAGCCGUAAGCAGGACUCGGCUAGCCGGCAGGACUCGCUUAGCCAGUCGCCAAUGCAUCGGCGGUCGCCGUCUAGAUCUCCCGAGCCGCGUAGACCCGAGUCGCGGCUUAAUAGGUGGCAGAGCAUGGACGUUAGCUCCAUGGAUAGUAAGAAUAUGCUGUUAGCGAAAGGCGACGCGUUUGGGAGGAGCGCGGGCGCGGGGGCGAUUGGCGGAACGGUGGGGGGAGCCACGGGGGGAAUGCUCCGCGGAGAGGAGAUGGGGCGAGGGCGGAAAGCGAGGGGCGGGGGGCCUGGGGGAAGAAUGAUGAGUGUAGAAGAAGGGGACAUUGGCUGGUUGGGGAUGGGGAGUGGGGCUGGGAGGGGGAUGGGCGCGGGGAGGGGAGGGGGAGGCGCGGGUGCAGGGGAGGAUGCGCGGAUGCAGGGCUCCGCGGGUAGAUGUGACACGCUGGGGCGGGUGGGGAAGAAGGACCGCAAGUCGCGGUUUGGUUCAGACAGGGGAAACGCAGGGGACACGGGGAAUGCAGACAGGGGAAACGCAGGGGACACGGGGAAUGCAGACAGGGGAAACGCAGGGGACACGGGGAACGCAGACAGGGGAAACGCAGGGGACACGGGGAAUGCAGACAAGGGGAACGCAGUGGAAAUCGGGAACGCUGACAGGGGGAACGCAGGGGAAAUCGGGAACGCUGACAGGGGGAACGCAGGGGAAAUCGGGAACGCUGACAGGGGGAACGCAGGGGAAAUCGGGAACGCUGACAGGGGGAACGCAGGAGGCGGGCGUAGGGGGAGGGGGAACGCAGGUGGGGAGAACAUAGACAGGGAGAGUGCUGGCGGGGGGAAUGGAGGGGAUUGGGGAACACAGUUUUGUUCGAGGAGGAGGAGGGGAUUUGGCUUGCCACAUAAGGAGAGGAAGUAUGGGGGUGAGGAAGGGGGAGAAAAGGGACACGAAUUGGGUGCGGUGAGAAGCGGUUGGGGCAGGUUCCUCCUCCCCCGCCCUCCUCUGCCACUGCACCUCUCCCCCCACAGAGGGCCAUUUCCCCCAGCACUGGAGGGCCAUUUCCCCCCAGCACUGGGUGCACGAUGCUAUCGACGUCCACUGGCUGCUUUUGAGGCGCCUCAAGACUCCUUCCAUCCCCAACCCCCCUUCUCUCUCCCCUGUUCCUCCUCCCGAACCGCCCUCCUCUGCCACUGUACCUCUCCCCCACCAGAGGGCCAUUUUCCCCAGCACUGGGUGCAGGAUGCUAUCGACGUCCAUUGGCUGCCAGAGCCCCCUCUCAGAUCGCUGCUUGAUUCUGCCUCUGUCGCGCUGGCAGCGCUGCGGGUGAGCAGCGCUGAGCUGGCCCACUGCAGUGCCGCCCUGGCAGCCAUGCUGGGCCGCCCGGCCCGGGCCGUGGAGGGGCGGGUGAUGGAGGAUUUUAUUGCCCGGGAUGACGUGGCAGCCUUCCAGGCGUGGUUCUCUACAGUCUCUGACGCCGUCCUACGUGGCGCGUCCAUGUCAGCGCCAGCGUGGCAGCGGCAGCGCCAGCACGACGUGCGGCUGGUGCUGCCGGGCGGCAAGCUGCGUCCUGUGCGGAUCACGGUCGAGGCCGCCCCUCCAACUUCCACUGGUGGAGGAGUGGGAGCAGGGGUAGCGGGUGGUGGUGGUGAUGCUGCUGCUGCUGGUGGUACUGGGAAUCAUGUGUCGAUGGUCAUGGCUGUGAUUUGCGACCUGGCAGCUGCCAGCACUGCGAAGCCGCCCUCCUCAGAUCGCCACCGCUUCAUUCUGGAGCAUCUACCUGCGGGCGUGGUGCACGUGCUGCCGCAGCCGGGGGGAGCGGGGGGGCCAGGGGGAGCGGGGGGAAAGGGUGGGGAGGUGCUGGUGAAUGCGCAUGUGGAGGCGAUAGUGGGGUACUCGCGGGAGGAGCUGGGGAGUGUGGACGAGUGGUUCUCGCUGCUGUUCCGGGAGCGAGAGGCCGAGGUGCGCAAGGUGAUGGAUGCGGACAGGAAGGCGGGGUUCCCCCAUCCGCGCACCAUGCGUGUGGUGCGGAGCGACGGCGAGCAGCGGUGGGUGGAGGUGGUGGGGCGCGACUGCAGCAAUCUUUCCUCUUCCAGUGACAUAACCGGGGGAGCAGCGGAGGGGGGAGGGGGCGGGGAGCUGUGGGUGGUGAGUGACAUCACGGACCGGCUGAUCGUGCAGGAGAAGUUCCGCCUGCUCUUUGACUUCUCCUCGGACGGCUACCUGGUGUUUGAUGAGACGGGCAUCACCGAGUGCAACGAGGCGGCGGUGCGCUGCCUGCGCUGCCCCGACAAGGCCAGCCUGCUGGGCCACCACCCCGCGCUCUUCUCGCCGCUGAAGCAGCCGGACGGGCAGCUGUCCAAAGAGAAGGCUAAAGCCAUGGACCGGAGGGCAGAGCAGCACGGCAUGCACAAAUUCGAGUGGGUGUACCAACGUUUCGACGGCUCUCUAGUCCCAAUAGAAGUGACGCUGACGUUCCUGGAGGUGCAGCAGCAGCACGCCAUGUACUUGGUGGUGUGGCAUGAGGUGGCCGAGAUCAAGCAGCAGGCGGAGGAGCUCAGAGCCGCCAAGGACGCCGCUGAGAAGGCCAGCCAGGCCAAGAGCCAGUUCCUCGCCAACAUGAGCCACGAGAUCCGUACCCCCAUGAACGGUGUGAUCGGAGUGGCGGAGCUGCUAUUAGGAACGGACCUCACAGCGGAGCAGCGCUCGUACCUCGAGAUCAUCCGCUCCUCGGGGGACAAUCUCCUGAGAAUUAUAUCCGAUGUGCUGGAUCUAUCCAAGAUCGAAUCCAAGAACCUGGCGCUAGAACACAUAGAGUUCAAUAUCCAGCAGCAGGUGACAGAGGCGCUGGCGCUGCUAGAGGUGGUGGCGAAGGACAAGGGGCUGUAUUUGGAGCUGGAGAUCGCUGAAGAGGUGCCGUCCGUAGUGGUGGGCGAUCCAGUGCGGUUGAGACAGGUGCUGCUGAACCUCAUCUCCAACUCCAUCAAAUUCACUGAUAAUGGCGGAAUCACAGUGGACCUGCGUCUGGCCACUGACGAGGAGAUCAAAGAGGUCGAGCAGGCAGCGACCCCGAAGCUUCUUACAGACGGCGCCACCAACACCACUGCCGCUGCUGGCGGCGGCGGCAACAGCAACAGCGGCAGCAGGAGCGGGAACCAGAGCAAGGGCGGCGGCAAGGGGAAGGAGGGAGAAAGCGAGGAGGAGAGCGAGGGAGAGAGCGAGAGUGAAAGUGAGAGCGAGGGGGAUGAGAGUGUGAUGGUGCGGUUUGAGGUGCGGGACACGGGAGUGGGCAUGGACGAGAGUGCGCGCAGCCGGCUGUUCAAGGCGUUCUCGCAGGCCGAUAACUCCACCAGCCGCCGCUACGGUGGCACGGGGCUGGGCCUGGCGAUCUGCAAGAGCCUCUGCAAUUUGAUGGGGGGCGAUAUCAGCCUUCACAGCCAGGUGGGCGUGGGGUCCACCUUUUACUUCCACGUGCGGGUGGGCGUGGUGAGGCGCGACGCCCAGUCAGCCACGGCAUCGGCGGAGCAGUCGCUCACAAGUGACGUGGAGCCGCUGUGGAAGCACCUGCAGGACCUCAGAGUGCUCGUUGCCGAGGACAACAAGGUGAAUCAGAUGGUGGCGACGCGCAUGCUGCACAACCUGGGCCUCAAGUACGACGUGGUGGAGAACGGCAAGCUCGCCGUGCGCGCGUGCUCCGAGCGCUGCUACGACGUCGUGCUCAUGGACUGCCACAUGCCAGAGAUGGAUGGGUUUGAAGCCACGAGGAAGAUCAGGGAGAUGGAGGUGGAGAGGCUGCAGGUGUACACAGCAGCCAUGGCCGCCUGUGGUAACGGCUCCCCUUACGGCAGCGCCGCCAGCUGGGUGGAUAAAAGCGAUGCCAGCGAUAGUGAGGCUAGUUCCCCCUCCCAGCCCCGAAGGGCUCAUAUGCCCCCGCGGCCGCACCGGACGUUUAUCGUCGCGCUUACUGCGUCUGCUCUUAGCGAGGAUAAGGACAGCUGCAUGGCUGCUGGGAUGGACUAUUAUUUAUCGAAGCCGAUCCGGCCGCGGGAGAUUGAGAAGGCGAUCAGGGAGAGCUUGACCCAGGCGAAGAGCCCGACGGGUGAGUUAAAGCCCACGUCGCCGCAGCUGAGGUACCAGCAGACGAAGCGGCAGCUGCUGCUGCAGCAGCAGGAGCAGCAGCGGCAGCAGGAGCAGCAGAGGCAGCAGGGUGUGGGGCGGGACGGGAGGGGGGCAGGAGGGGAGAGUGAGAGAGAGGGGGAGGAUACUGUUGAGUUUGUUCCAGGGAGGGGUGUCGGGAAGGUACAGGGGAGGGAUGCUGUGGGGGAAUCGAGGGGCGAUGUGGUUGGGGGAGGCGAAGGCGGGAGAGCAGGAGAAAUGGGAGGAGCAGCAAGUGGGAUGGACAGGAGUGGGAUGGGAGGGGGAGCAAUGACUAGCACAGGAACGGGAGGGGGAGGGGGAGGGGGAGCAGGUGGGGGAGGGGGAGGGGGGCGAGGGGGAGCGACAGGGGGGAGGGGGGGAAAGAGUCUGGCAGCGUACCCGUCAUUUGGGUCAUGGAACGAUGUGCUGGGGUCGGAGUCGGAAGGCUGUGCCUCUGAUGACUCCUCCCGGGGCCGCCCCCGCCCCCGAGGAGGGGCCGCCGCACCCCCUGGCCCCACUGCUGCUAGUGCUGCCGGUGCUGCCAGUGGUGGCAAGGGUGGUGGCAGUGGCUUGGGUGGUGGCAGUGGCAAGGGUGGUGGCAGUGGCUUGGGUGGUGGCUUGGGUGGUAGCUUGGGUGGUGGCUUGGGUGGUGGGAUGGGAGAGGUGGGAGGUAGACGAGGAGGAGGUGCAGGUGGUGGCAUUGCUGCUUCUGCUGGCAGUGGUGGACGUGCUGGUGGUGGUGGUGGUGGAGAUACUGGUGGUGGUGGUGGUGGAGGUGGAGUUGCGUUUGCAGCAUCCCCUCAGGCUCACACCAGCUUCCCUCGCUCUCGCAGCUCUGCCGCGCCCAGGUCAGCCGAGUCCAUCCCUCUUGAUCCCGGGGCAGGCUUGGCUGGACCUGAGGCUCGGCACCGAGCCAAGUCUCCCCUGGUUCGGGCGAAGUCAGGUGUGGGGCCUGAAAUAGGCAGAAUGCGAAGAGGAGAGAGAGGAGGAGAGGGGGGUGGGAGAGGAGGAGGAGGAGGAGCAGGAGGAGGAGGAGGAGGAGGAGGAGGAGGAGGAGGAGGAGGAGGAGGAGGAGGAGGAGGAGGAGGAGGAGGAGGAGGAGGAGGAGGAGGAGGAGGAGGAGGAGGAGGAGGGGGGGGGGAGAAAGGAAGGAAGUUCCUAGACGCCUUGCCAGCAGCAACGUCAGCAGCUUCCAGGAAGCUGCACGGGCAGGGGGAUGAGUGUCUGCCGGCCAGGCAGCCUUUUUCAGCCCUGUCUGUGCGCGCCCGCUCGCGCUCCAUGUCCAUGUCCAUCGCUUACAUGAACUUCCAGGUGGAGAGUGAUGACGAGGAGGACGAGGAGGGUGUGGUGGAGGGGGACUUAUACUUCCCUUCCCUUCCCACUGUCUCCCGUCCCCAGCACUAUCUCAACACACCUUCCCUCCACUGCUCCCCCCCAACCCCCCGUUUCUUCAGAGGGGUGGGAGGGAGUGUGAAUGGAGAGGAGGAGGAGGAGGAGGAUGAGGGUGAAUUAUCGUCGUCCAGUCGAGGGGGUUCAAGUGUGGGGGGGAGCGUGCGGAGUGGGAGGAGUGGCAGUGGGAGAGUGGGUAGUGUGAGUGGAGGGUCAGGAAUAGAGAGGAAUGGUAGCGAUAGGAGCCUAAGGGAGCAGGCUGCUAGCCCGAGAGGGGAAGGCGUGGGGAGAGGAGGAGGGAGAGGAGGAGGUGGGGUAGGAGGAGGGAGGGGAGGUGGAGUCGGGGCAGCGAGGGGAGGAAGUGCAGGUAUGGCAAGGGCAGGUCCAGGGGGGAUGGAAAGAAGAGGAACGGGGGAGAGAGGAGGCAGAGGAGGAGGAGGAGGAGGAGGAGGAGGAGGAGGAGGAGGAGGAGGAGGAGGAGGAGGAGGAGGAGGAGGAGGAGGAGGAGGAGGAGGAGGAGGAGGAGGAGGAGGAGGAGGAGGAGGAGGAGGAGGAGGAGGAGGAGGUGGGAGAGGAGGAAUGGAGAGGAGAGGGAGUGGUGACCCAAUGGAUCAAAGUAGGGAGUGGAAUAACAGCCGGGAGUGGACGAGCACUCGUGAGGCAUCCGGGAACAGAGAGGCCACUAAUGCCACCAGGGAUACUGCUGACUCCCGGAAUACCUCUGGUGGUGCUCGAGAGGCUACUAAUUCGAGAGAGGCGUCUGGGUCUUCUAAAGACGUCUCUAUUCCUCGUGACGGGCGGGACCUGGAUCGCAGCAGGGAAUGGAAUAAUAGUAGAGAGUGGAAUAACAGUAGAGAGUGGGGCAUGGCGAGGCAGGACGCCAAGGAGAGAUCACGGCUGGGGGGAGGCUCAGGGAGAGGGGGAGGAGGGGGAGCGGGGGGGGGAGGGGGGGCCGCCCCUCCGAAGAGCAUCUUACGAGUGUCCACGUCUGAAAGUUACUCACGGCAGAACUCACAGGUGGGGGCGAGCGCAGGCGGGCAGGAGCGCGUUCCAGAGAGCCCCAGGCACGGGCGAAUACCCCGACCCGACGGGAGAGGGGGGAAGCCUCCGCCCUCUGGGGGGAAUGCGCCAGGGGGAGGGGCAGGGGCGCCUGGCGGGCGGGCUGGGGGGACAGGGGCGGGCGGAGGGGUUGGGACUAGCGUGGGGAGGGGGAAUCCGGGAGGGUCGGGGCUGGGGAGAGGGAGCGGGGGGAGGGGAGGGGGUGGGGGGGAAGGUGUGGGGGAGAGUAGAGGAGAGGGGGCGGGUCGGGCGGUGGGAGGGGCAGGUGAGGGGAAGCAGAGUGAGAGCUACGGGGCAGGCAGGGGUGGGGGGUCUGGGCCAGGCAACCCCGCUCCUGUGAACGCAUCCAGGGGUGGGCCUCUGGGCACUCCUGGUAGUCUCCGGCGGGUCAACAGCAGCAGCCCCUACAGCGGCAGCAGUGGCAAUGGCAGCAGUAGAAGCCCGUUGGCGGAACAGCGAGAGAGCGGCAGAGCUUCCUCUGUGGCUGCAGCAGACAGCGGGCAGGAAAGAAGCGCCGCUGGGUCAGACGGGCAGCAAAGAAAAUCCUCGCCGGGGUCCCCGAUGGAAGCCAUGCGAUCUCUCACAGGCAGCCGCCCGCGCACAAGCGGAGAACUUUCUAAUCGCAUGGGCGGCACUGCUGGGAAAAUCCUGGGCCGCGGGGGGAGUGUCGGGGGAGGGGGAGGGUUAGGGGGAGGAGGGGUGCAGAGGGCGCAGUCUAUGUCCCCCCUGUGGCGCAGCACGAGCAUGGACCCGGGGUCGCUGAGUGCUGGUGGGGGCAGGCAGCCCAGGACGGGGUCGGAGCAGCGGGCAGCACAGGACAUGCGCAUGUGGAUUGAGAGGGCCAGUAACCCCAAGAUGGAUGAAUGGCUGUCGCAGGUCGUCUCCAGCUCACCUCCGCCUGUCCCCCGCGCCGUGAGGAAAUCCAGCAGCAGUGGCACCACCCCUCCGCUGCACUCUGCCGACCGACCCCCUUUACAGUCACACUCGCGCUCGCCGUCCCACUCACACGUGCCCUCCCAUCCCCAGCAGCAACAGCUGCAGCAGCAGCAACAGCAGCAGCGCAAGUCGCUUAGACGCAUGCAGAGCUCUCCCUCUCUGUCCCCCAUCACAAGCCCGACUGGGGAGGAGAGCGAGAACAUGUUCCGAGGGGAUGGGGAGGAUGAGGAGGAUGAGGAGGAGGAGAGUGAGGUGGUGAGGGGCAGCUGGAGGAAUGACAGGAGAGGGGCAGCCGAUGUGAUGACACAUCGGUCAGUGUAUGAUGAAUCUAUGGAGCCGUUGAAAUGA